AUGAAGCUCAUCGAGAAAUUGAGGCUUAUGCUUUUCAACGGGGCUUUUGACUCCACAAAAUGCGACAAAACAACAGUGUUUGUGGUGGAUAGGAUACGCAAGUUAAGGAAGAGGAAAGAGGAGGACACUGCGAAGAUGAGGAAUAAAAUUUGUGCUCUCUUGCAGUGUGGUCAAGACCCAAUUAAUAAAACUUGCACUGCUCGUAUUUUGAUCGAAGAUUUGAUAAGAGAAGAAAACAUUUUGGAGGCCUACGUGUUGAUCAAGGGUUUUUGUAACUUAGUUAGGGGUAGGCUCUCAGUCAUUCAAGUGCAGAGGGAAUGCCCUGAAAAUUUAAAACAAGCGAUUAGUAGUUUAAUUUUUGCAGCUAAAAAAUGCUUCCACGACAUUCCAGAAUUAUUGACACUUGAGAAAAUUUUUAAGAAGAAGUAUGGAAGUGAUUUUGUGCUUGCGGCUACUCAAACCAACUGUGUUGCUCCUGUUAUGGUUGAGAAGCUCUCAAAUAGAAACUCUACAGACCAAGAAAUAGAGAAGAUUAUUCAGCAAAUAACCAAGCCAUGCAAUAUAAAUGGAGAACAAGUAGCGUGGAACUGUCAUCCCACAUCACCAUACUUAUAUGAUGGAGUUGCGUACAAUGCUUUUAUCAAUUAUAAAUGA